GAUACGGCAUUGUUACGAUAGUAUUUCCUCAAAAUAUAGCCUAGAUCUCAUUGAAUAUUCUGGGUAAACGAGUUAAGUGCGUGGAAAUUAGUAGGUGAAAUGUAGAAGCAUGCGCGGAAAAUCAUUACCUUCUCUACGAAAUUAACAAUGCCGCUUGCGGGGCUUCAAUUCUUACCGUGGAAGGCUCAGUAUAUUAUCUAAUAUCUAUUUGGUUUAUCCGCUUAUUGAGUGAGCAGGAACCAUCAAUUAAAAUUAUUAUAAGGUUAAGGGUGGACGAACUGACAAACCCGGUUUCUAUGUCUCAUCCACUAUAAACGUAAAAUAGAAAAAGUACAUUUAAAAUUUUCAUUUACUUAAUUUGCCAUGGAUCGUUCAAAAGAGCCUCCAAUAACCACUACAGAAGCUUUAGAUUUGUGCAGUCAGUCACCAGAUGAAACAAAGGAUUUUAUCAUGCAGCAAACCAUGUAUAGAAUAAAAGAUCCACGAAAAUCUCUCCCAUUUUACUCAAAAAUUCUAGGAAUGAAACUUUUGACGAAAUUAGAUUUUCCCACAAUGGAAUUUUCUUUAUAUUUUAUGGGUUAUGAAAGUGGAACUCCUGAAUCCCCUGUGAGUUCCACUGAACGAAUUGAAUGGGCGCUGAGUAGAAAAGCAACAAUUGAACUUACUCAUAAUUGGGGAACUGAAAAUGAUGCAAAUUUUAAUUAUCAUAAUGGAAAUCAAGAUCCGAAAGGAUUUGGUCACAUAGGAAUUGCAGUCCCUGAUGUAGAUAAAGCCUGCCGACAUUUUGAAAAACUGGGAGUUAAUUUCAUUAAAAAGCCCAAUGAUGGGAAAAUGAAAGGAAUUGCUUUCAUUACUGAUCCAGAUGGCUACUGGAUUGAAAUAUUAAAUAAUAAAACAACCAGCAAUAUUGCAGCACAAUUUUCUUAA